AUGAAAUAAAUGACUCUAUCUAACUAACAAUAAGAUGAGAAGGAUUAAAUGACUUAGGAUUGCGAGUUCUUAAUUUAUAUAGACAUAUGGCAUUAAAAGCAUAUUGGCUACUAUAAUGUCAUUACCUAAAACCAUUUUGAAAAACUGACUGUUCGUAUAACUAGAGAUGAUUAACUAUAAUUAAAAAGAAUUUGGUGA